AAACAAUGUAAUUUUUCAACGAGGUUUGUUUUGUUAAAAUUUAUUCUGUUAUCAAUUGGAUGCAUAAAAUAGGUUGCCAAAAUGAACAGGGGAGCGAAUUUCCUAUCCUGUAUCCAUUUUCUUCAUUCCAAGAAAAAACCACCUCAAGAUGUACAAACCAAACGAGCCCUUGAUAUCCAGUAUUAGUUUUCAAGUUCCCCCACCAGCGGAGCUCAGAAAAAGGGCUGGAAAUGAAUUCCUGGAAAAUGCCGACGGGAGGAUUUUAUUAAUUCUCGUUGUCCACGAGCUCCACCAAAACUCAAAGCGAUGAAAAGAUCAGUGAAAUCAUUCCUACAAGCUCGAAGCAACCUCUCCCAGUGGACCCACAACCUAACCAUCCGUCCAUCUUCAACCUCUGCACUUACGCUCUGUGAAAAUCCACCUCAAAUAACAGAAUCCAAGCAUUCCCAUUUGACAAAAUCAAUCUCAAAUCAUGCCCACAUGAACCAAAUGCUCAGCCAGAUGAUCAUGAACUACAUACCCAUCGACCACCUCAAUUUGAUGAAGCUGAUAGACUUUUCCGUGUCCUCGCAUGGUUUUGCAGCCUCUGCUCUUCUCUUUACUCAGUUCUAUGGAUUCAUUGAUUCUGACCUCUGUAACUCCAUGAUCAGAUGUUAUACUGACUCGAACAAGCAUUUACAUUCAGUUUUUAUAUACACCCAGAUGUGGAAAAAUGGUAUUUUUCCCGACUCUUCAACUUUUCCCACUGUGCUCAAAUCAGUUGCGCAGUUAUGCCGCCAAGAACUUGGAAAAGCGAUACAUUGUUGCAUUAUUCAAAUGGGUUUUGAGUCAAAUGUCUACGUAAGCACUGCACUCGUUAAUAUGUAUGGUACUUGUUCAUCGGUUAGUGAUGCUCGUCAAGUGUUUGAUGAAAUUCCGGACAGAAAUAUUGUGUCGUGGAAUGCUUUGAUCACUGGUUACAACCACAAUAGGAUGUUCAGGAAAGUGAUUGAUGUGUUCAGAGAGAUGCAGAUUGCCGGGGCAAAGCCAGUGGAGGUGACCAUGGUGGGGGUUCUAUUGGCUUGUGCCCAUUUGGGAGCUUUGAACCAGGGAAGGUGGAUUGAUGAUUAUAUCGACCAUAAUAGAUUGAGAUUGAAUGUGUUUGUUGGUACUGCUCUUAUAGACAUGUAUGCCAAAUGUGGGGUUGUUGAUGAGGCAGAAAAGAUUUUCAAAGCAAUGAGGGUAAAGAACGUCUAUACUUGGAAUGUGUUGAUCUCAGGAUAUGCCAUGAAUGGGCGGGGUGAAUCUGCUUUGCAGGCUUUUUCUAGGAUGAUUAUGGAGAAGUUUAAGCCUGAUGAGGUUACUUUCUUAGGUGUACUGUGUGCUUGUUGUCACCAAGGCCUUGUCAAUGAAGGGCGGACAUAUUUUACAAGCAUGAAGGAAGAGUUUGGAUUGCGACCAAGGAUAGAGCACUAUGGGUGCAUGGUUGACCUACUUGGUCGAGCUGGAUUCCUGGAUGAAGCCCAGCAGCUAAUACAAGCCAUGAGCAUGCAACCUGACCCUAUAAUCUGGAGGGAAUUGCUAGGUGCUUGCCGGAUUCAUGGCAAUAUCCAAUUGGGUGAGUUUGCAAUUAAAAAACUUCUCGAGCUUGAGCCAAACAAUGGUGAGAAUUAUGUGUUGCUAGCAAAUCUAUAUGCUCGGGACCAAAGGUGGGAUAAGGUUGGAGAAGUAAGAGAAAUGAUGGAUUGUAGAAGAGUCCGGAAGGUCCCAGGUUGCAGUUCUAUUGAAAUUGAUAAUGUGGUUUAUGAGUUUGUGGUGUCAAAUUAUAUUAAACCAGGAUUUGAGGAGGUAUAUAAGCUGUUGGCUGAUAUGAACAAGAAAUUGAAAUUGGCUGGUUAUGUUGCAGACACUGGCAUGGCUUCCUAUGACAUUGAGGAAGAAGAGAAGGAACACUCUCUAAUGUAUCAUAGCGAGAAGCUUGCACUGGCAUUUGGACUUCUGAAGUCUCCUUCAGGUUUGACCUUAAGGAUAGUGAAGAAUUUAAGGAUCUGUCAGGAUUGCCAUGGGUUUUUCAAAAUUGUUUCAAAGGUUUAUAGAAGGGAUAUUUCUGUUAGAGAUAGAAACCGAUUCCACCAUUUUGUUGGAGGUGCUUGUUCUUGCAAAGAUUAUUGGUGAUAUUGUUUUGAUUAUGGGCAGACUGUUGUUUGCUCUUGCUUCCAGUUUUCUGAAAUUUUACCACAAACUCCCAACAGUGUCAACCUGGUUGAAGUUUCCCCAUGUCACAAAUGAUAACCUGGGAAACAUUCACAAUCACAUAUCCUUUAGACUGGUGAUAAGCAAUUCUCUAUGCAGCGUAUCUUGUUUUGGUGUCAGCUGCCUUUUGUUAUAUGUUACUACCAAAAGUUAUUCAGUGGCUUCUGUCUGAUGUAUUCCAGUGGAGAAUUCUAGUUUUUCGCAGAAAAGAAGCUGAAGUUGAAGACACAUUCUCCUAUUUUGAGAUCCUCAGGAAAAUGUUAUCCGUUGAACUAUAGGUUCAUCAUCCUAGAACUCCAGUGGCCUGCACAGAAAAGGUACUUCGCCUAUUUGAUGAUUUCUAGGCAGGAAUUGCACCUCAACACAUUUUGAAAGAGCGGGUAGUUCCAGAUGUUGCCAUUCGAACUAUUGUAUUACCCUUUUAGAAUUUUAAUCAUGUUCAGUGUCCAGUCGGUGGUCCACUGCCAUGGGGAGGAAAUGCUUGUCUGGACUGAACAGCAAGGAGGAAUAAGAAAAAGAAGGUCAGUUUAGUGGAUGGUUCUUAUUCUAUUUGAAUCGGAAGUUCUUCUAUGGAGAUCAUCUGCUGAGGCAGCUUCUUGAGUCAAAAGUAGCCUAUAAGCAAGGUUAUAUAAGUAAACAAAAUUAAAAGCAGGCUAUUAAAUGAGGGGAGCAAGUCUUGAGUUUUUGUGGUCUGGUUAGAUUGACGCAGCCAAUGCUUUAGCCAUUUCUGUUAGCAUGGCCUCUGAACAAAAAUAAAAAUGGACUUGUUCACGCGCAUGAUAUGAAUAUUUUGUCAUAUCAAUCAUAUGAUUAAAUUUCAUUUAUAAAAGAUGGUGGUUUAAAUCUGA